GGCAUCCGGAGAAACAUGGAGGACACCGCUGGCAGUAAUCCCCAAUCUCUCGGAUUCACAGAGAAAUUAAAGUCUUGGCUGUCCUGGUCAUGGACCUACGUGUGCUUCAUUUGGUUCGGCAUGGUGCUCAUCAUGAUCUACGUCCUGUGGAGCCCGCUGAAACUGCAGGAAACUCUUACCUCAGCCUCAGUUUUUCUGAACACACUCACCCCCAAGUUCUAUGUGGCCCUCACUGGGACCUCCUCUCUCAUCUCUGGACUCAUCCUUAUAUUUGAGUGGUGGUAUUUCCGUAAGUAUGGGACCUCGUUCAUUGAACAAGUGUCAGUGAGCCACCUGCGUCCUCUCCUGGGUGGAGUGGAGAGCAGCUCCACGACUGGGCUGUUCGCAUCUGUGAACGGAGAGGCAGAGCCCAGGCCCAGUGUCUCAGAGUGUAAGGUCUGGAGGAAUCCUUUGAAUCUGUUCAGAGGAGCAGAAUACAACAGGUACACCUGGGUGACAGGGAAGGAACCCUUAACAUACUAUGAUAUGAACCUGUCGGCCCAAGACCACCAGACCUUCUUCACAGGAGACACUCCGCAGUUAAGACCUGAAGAUGCUGUGAUGCAGAAAGCCUGGAGAGAGAGAAAUCCUCAAGCCAGGAUCAGAGCAGCUUACCAGGCCAUAGAAAUGAACCAUGAAUGUGCUGCAGCCUAUGUGCUCCUAGCAGAGGAAGAAGCCACAACCAUCACAGAAGCUGAACGCCUCUUCAAAAAAGCACUAAGUAUUGCUGGAAAAGAUAUCAACUUACUGGUGUACAUUAAACGCAGACUGGCAAUGUGUGCACGCAAACUGGGACGGAUUAAAGAAGCAGUGAAAAUGAUGAGAGAUUUAAUGAAGGAGUUUCCACUGUUGGGAAUGUUAAAUAUACACGAAAACCUCUUGGAGGCACUUCUAGAGCUUCAGGCAUACGCUGAUGUCCAAGCAGUCCUCGCAAAAUAUGAUGACAUCAGUUUGCCAAAAUCAGCCACUAUAUGCUACACAUCUGCACUGUUGAAAGCACGGGCUGUAUCAGAUAAGUUCUCUCCAGAGGCCGCGUCACGGCGAGGGCUAAGCACAGCAGAGAUGAAUGCUGUGGAGGCCAUACACAGAGCUGUUGAGUUCAAUCCACACGUGCCAAAGUACUUAUUAGAGAUGAAGAGCCUGAUCCUCCCUCCAGAGCACAUCUUGAAGAGGGGUGACAGCGAGGCAGUGGCAUAUGCUUUCUUCCACCUGCAGCACUGGAAGAGGGCAGAGGGAGCCUUAAACCUACUACACUGCACCUGGGAGGGCACCUUCAGGAUAAUUCCCUACCCACUGGAGAAGGGUCACCUGUUUUACCCUUACCCAGGAUGCACAGAAACAGCAGACAGGGAGCUGCUGCCCUCGUUCCACGAGGUGUCUGUGUACCCAAAGAAAGAGCUUCCCUUCUUCAUCCUCUUCACAGCAGGCCUUUGCUCCUUCACUGCCAUGCUGGCCAUGCUCACACAUCAGUUCCCCGAGCUCAUGGGUGUCUUUGCCAAAGCAUUCUUCAGCACACUCUUUGCCCCCCUGGGUUUCUUCGCAGACAAGAUGGAAAGCUUCAUGCCGUCCAGUUUUUGGCACCAGCUGACUCGGAUCUGACCCCAUCUUACACACACACACACACACACACACACUCACACAACACACACAGAGACACACACAUACACACAUACCAGUACCACUCCAAACCCUCAGACAAAAAGUGUUUGCUCUCCUGUCUUCAGCAUUACUGUCCACUUGCUGCAUUGUUACUGAUUAUGUUGGCUGAGGUUGUAUCAACACGGCAAUACCACUCUGAAGAUGCUCUCCCACACUGUUCCUCCAGCAGCCACGUUUUUUUUUUUUCCGAAAGCACAUUUAGUGCAACGAUUACACAGGGGUCGUUCAUUUGUCAUUAUGUUAGCACUGGGCAAAUGGAAGUUUUUAAGUAUCCCACAAAGACUGGCUGCAGAUUUUUGGUGCAGAAAUCAAAUUAGGAAUUCGUCAGAGGCAAAUUAAACCACAAAAAAGCUAAAACUGUUUUUAAUGCUCCUCAAAAUACUGACUAGUCAGGUGAGUUUGUUUAAACCAGUAUGAUUCUGGCACAAGAAACAGGAACAAGAAACAAUAUGUGCAUUGAGGAUGUCUCUUGUAGAGUAUAUUAUUUACAUACAUCAAAAAAGAUCCCAUUGGGUAUUUGGGAUGGGAACCUGUGUGUCCUAUGUCAACCCUCAGUGCCCAGAUUUAAACGUCUGUAAGACCUCCCUAAAAACAGAGCUGUGAUUUACAGCCUCGAAGUGCCUGCAGUGUAUACAACGCCUCUGCAGUUCAACAGUUGUUACCAUGGCAUGACACCUCAGCACUAUAUCACUGGGGCAACCGCCGCCCCCGCAACAUCGAAAUGUAAAUGGGAUCAUCACAAGUCACAGUUAGGCCUCUCGUGGCAUCACUCAUUUCUGCUGAUUGCUCUGCAGUGUGAUAAGUCAGCGCAUUAGUCAACUUCUCUUGUCACCAAACAAACAUAAAAGAGGCAGACGUUGCGGUAGUCAUACUGAGAAUAAUCUGGCACAUGUAACUAAAACUGUAAUACAUGAGAUUACAGUAGUUCUAAAUACACCAAUGAGCCCUCAGAGAAGCAUUUGGAGAUAGAGGCGAAAUAAACAGACAGGCACGGACAGAUUGUACAAAGUUAUUUUACUUUGUAUGAACAAAAUCUUUCUCUGCCAUUGACUUUGUCUGUUAAUUUUGCCAGAAUCGGUAUAUGCAUUGUGUUCUUCUGUUCCCCCUGUUUUAUCAGACUUAAUAAGCUGAGAGGCCAGUGUUCCCGUGUCGUGAAGCAUAAUGUAAAAACUGACAGAUAAUGUAAAAACCUGACAAAUGUGCCUGUUUCAAAAUUGUAAUCAUGUCUGUAAUUGUACUAUAUAAUGCCAUUGAAGUCUAUGAAAAAAAAUAUGUUACACUACAGAUGCAUAAUGCAUUCACCUGAGGAAAAAAGCUCUGUUUAUCGUAAACAACAAGAUUUUUAUCUCAGAAUUAUGCAAAAAGUUUUCAUGGGAAAAAAAAAAUUGCUCUUGAAAAAUUAGAAUUUAUGAGAUUAUUUAUCUCGUUAAUUGAGAAAAAUGAGCAGAUUUUAAUUCAUGAAAACUUUUCCUAUAAUUCAGAGAUAUUAAUUCAGAAAAAUGGUAAAUAUUUUUUUCUGGAACAAAUAAGCUACCGUAAUACACCACUUAGUCGUGGAUGAUAAGAAUAUGAUGCCACAUCAUCCCAAAUUUUUAUUAAACUGGCAGGUUUAUUGUAUUUUAAACCACUUAACACAGACAUGUUUACUUUGUUUGUCAAGUUUGUGACUUGAUAGAUAUUAAAUUUUAGGCGGCUACAGAAACAUAAAGUUGACAUACUGUAAGUGACAUAAUACUGACAACCCUUCACUCCACGUGUUAUAGAAAAUGUGAUAAAGUGCCUUGUAGUGUGCUAUUUUUUUUUAUCCUGGGAUGGCAAAGGCAUGAAGCUCCUUUGGAUUGGUUAGAUUUGGGCAAGAAGAAUGGGAUUGGUAAGGGUUGGGGUAAGAACGUCAGGUUCAUCCAAUCAGAGGCAGAGUACGGCCCCGUUCACACAGAAAGUGUUUUGCAGGUUGGUCCUUAUUCUAACCUUCCCAUGUAAUCAAUCUACCAUUUAUUUAUUUAUAUCACUUAUUUGACAGAAAUUCGUAGCUAGUUCCUAAAAUGUUGAGGCAGAGGGUACUUGCUGUAACUCUGGUUGAGAGAGGGUGAGAGGCUGUCAGCAAAUAGUAUGUCGGGCACAGGGAAACAGAGAUCUGUGUGGGUACAUGAGACCCUAAAAAAGAGGGUGGGUCAUGGGGAGUACCACCAGUUGGUCCGGGAGCUUCACCUCCAUGAUGGCUGUUUCCAGGCAUAUUUUAGGAUGACUCGUGGGCAGUUUGACAACCUGCUGUCUAUCGUCAGGCCGUAUAGCUCUAGGUAUCCAACAACCACUACCACCAGUUUCUCCAUUGUUUACCAACUGUGAACUUGUUGUCGUGACCACCACGGAAGGACCACCUCUCAAAUCUGAUUGGACAAUAAGAAAAAAGAUGUUGAAAAAAGAGAUGAUGCGGGGCGUUUUUCUGCUUUGUGUUGAAGUUUUUUCAACUUGAGGAGUUCAGAGCGCUCCGGCAAAAACGCCAGGCGCCUAGAGCGCAGAAAUGCGAGGCGCUUUGCAACACAAAAACCACGAGCAAAAAGCUUCAUUCUCAUUAAAAACAAUUACACAAAGCUGUCUCCAGCUGCUAAAAUGCUUUCUGUGUAAUUGGGGCCUCGGGCAGGUCAUGUCUUCACCAUCCAGGGGAAAAAUACUCUCUUUUAAACAUUACAAUAGUGAAACACUCCAAUUUGGAAUUUACUGCACCUACAGUAUUGAUGUCAAGUUUAGUGGCAACUCUGUUCAACUUUGAUGAAUUCAGUGUGAUACAUAGAUGCCUUUAAAAUUUGUUAAUUUAUAACAGAAUUGUUGAAUGUCCAAUGAUUAGCAUUAGCACAGCAGCCAUGUAACAAUGGCAAACAUACUUUUAAAAAAGUAGACAAGGGCACAGUGGUGAUGAUGUAAUGGCACAUAAAAAUAUGUGUUACUGCAGUACUUUGCAAAUUUGGAUCAUAUUUUAAUAACCCCGAUCAAGUCUAAGCUACAUUGAUUUUGUUUCACAUUUAACUCUGGUCUGUAAUAUGUCUGUUUGAAUUUGUGACACUUGAAAUGUGAGAUUUUUAUCGUGUGCAGCUGAAAUGUAAGAGUACAUGCUGAAGACAGGAGAAUGUUUGAAAAGCUGUAACUACCCUUGGAUGAGUUUGAAAGCAAAACUCACAAUAAAUUUGUC